AUUUUGGGACAUCCUGAGGUCGUGAAAGGCACAGUCUAAAUAUCUAGAUAUGGGUGAUUGGUCAUUACUUGGCCGUCUCCUAAAUGAAGUUCAGAAUCAUUCCACAGUAGUUGGGAAGAUCUGGUUGACAGUGUUGCUGAUUUUUCGUAUUUUGUUGGUCACACUAGUGGGUGAUGCAGUAUAUGGUGAUGAGCAAUCGAAGUUCACCUGUAACACCCGUCAGCCAGGCUGUAAUAAUGUUUGUUAUGACACUUUUGCCCCUAUUUCUCACCUGAGGUUCUGGAUUUUCCAAAUUGUUCUGGUUUCAACACCAUCCAUUUUCUAUAUUGUGUAUGUCCUGCAUAAAAUAGCAAAAGAUGAAAAAUAUGAAAUGGACAAAAUGCACACACUGGAAUUAUCCAACAAUCCUAUGACUAGUGGACACCUUCCAAAAGAUGAAAGCUUGACUCUAAGAUCUUUUGUUGGUGACUCUCAGGAAAUUAAGUGUUAUCAAAGGGAUGGAGAUGAUGAAAUAGAGCACAUUAAAAGCAGUAAGAACAAUGAUCCAAUCUAUCUAUCAAAUAAGGUUUUAACUGUAUAUAUUAUACAUGUAAUGCUGAGAGCAGUUGUGGAAAUAAUAUUUUUGCUGGGACAGUACUACCUGUAUGGAUUUAAUGUUCCAUGUCUGUUUGUGUGUUGGACCUAUCCAUGUCCAACCAAAACAGACUGCUUCAUAUCCAGAGCCACAGAAAAGACCAUCUUUUUGAACUUUAUGUUUUGUGUUAGUCUUGCAUGCUUUUUGCUGAACAUCGUUGAGCUCCAUUACUUGGGAUGGAUUUAUAUUGCACGUGUGUUAUGUACUACUUGCUCACCCUGUUGCAAGAAGGAGAGACAAAAGGAAGCAGUAAAUCAGUCUUCACAGCAAAAACCUCUUACAUUACCACUAAAAAAUUCAUUCUACAACAACCUAACACUGAAAUCGUCAGUAGGAUUGUUGAAACAGGGAUCAGAUAAUCUUCCAAGUCAAGCAGCAAUUUCAUUGGAUUCUGAAUCAGUAGAAAGCACAACAUAUCAGGAUGAAAAGGAAUGUGGCAAGCUGCAACAUGGAAAUCUAAACAUGCCUGGAACAAGCAAAAAAGCUUGGCUUUAAAAAGAGAGGUUUUAAACAGAUUUUGUUACAUUCUAAAUUUAAUAUUUACAGGUUCUUUAUAUCAAAACAGUAACAAAACGUUUACUGAUUAACAUUAACUGUUUGCCAUUGUAAAACAGAAAACAGUAGUUAAAUUAGCCAAAUAUUAAGUAUGAUCAGGUACUGGAAUGCCUUACUAUUGUGUUGCAAAAGGCAGUUCGGUUAACCAAAAUGAAGGAAAAUAUCACAAUUUGAAAUUGUGAAGGAGAGAGCAUUUUCUAAAAACUAUGGUGAGGUUCUCAGUUUGUGCUAAAUUUUCUCUUGUUGUUGGAACAUAACAGAAAUGCCCUCAAACAUCUGAACAGUCAAUCUGUCAAAUCUUUCAGAACAGGCAAGUUCUAACUCAAGAAUUUCAAUCAGAAAUUACUCAGAAAAUUCUCUACUGUAAGUACUCAACUUUGAAACAGGUGGGAAUCCUUUCCCCUUGUCAAUCCUUAGAUGAGGAUAGAAUGUUCUAUAUGACCUGAUUUCUCAACAGGAUCUACAAACACUCUCUAAUGGUGAAAUGUUAACUGAUAGUACUAAAAGCUUAAAGUGAUUAUUGGUAUAUUCCAUAUGUUCUUCUCUUUGUUUUAAUUCCUAGAUUUACCAACUAACUUAAUGAAGAUUGUUAGAGAUGUCUAAAUUAUUUUUCAAAGUUUGAUUGCUUUCACCACAGUACUAACUAUAUUUGAAUCAAAUUUACUAUGAAAACAAGAUCAAAAUUUAACUGGACUGAUAUAGAAAUGAUCCAAUUAAAGUGUUUGGAAUGAUUAAAGAAAUUCAAUUUAAAGUCAAAAUAAAUUAUUUUCACCAGUGCAGUAAAGCUUGAAUGUCAGAAAUUAUUUUUACCUAAAAGUACUAGAAGUCUGGACCUCUCCCAUUAAAGGUUGUUGAGGAAAUUUCAAACUGAGAUGGACAUCUACUAUACAAAGGUAUAAGAUCUGAAUACCCUACUCCUGUACUGAUGUUCCCAUACCAUAACUGGCUUUGUUUUUUGGACAACACGUGAUUGCAAUAUAUUUUUCAAUUCAUCUGUAAUAAGCAUGUAUUAAUUAACUUUGUGUCAUCAUAAUCAAUAUCACACUGUUUGAAUCUACAGUAUUAAAUUUGAAUGAUUCAGCAGUGAAGACAGAUUAGACAGGUUGAGGUUGUUUUCCUUAAAGUUGAGAAGGCUGAGGGGAGAUCUGAUUGAGAUGUACUGUACAAGGUUCUGAGG